AUGGGUGGUGUUUUCACUGAAAAUUCUUCAAAAUCACCAAGAAUUGCUUCUACAAACGAAGAACUUCAACCUAGUCCUUCCAUUGCAACACAAGCUAAAUCAAUUAUGAAUCAACAAAAUAGUAGUCAAAUUCCCACCAAUGUUGACCCUUCCUCAGCACCUAGUACUCCUUUAAUAAAAAAUGAAUUUGCUCAACAAUUAUCACCAUCACUGCUUCACACUCCAUUACGAGAUGAUGAUUCAAUUUCUGCUUCAUCAACACCUCAAACAACGCCGAGUGGUAGUAGACCUCCCGUAGGUAGUGAUGAAUGGAAUCGACAACGUCGUGAAAACCAUAAAGAGGUUGAACGUCGUCGACGUGAUACAAUCAAUGCUGGUAUUAGUGAAUUGGCAAAGAUUGUGCCUGGUUGUGAAAAAAAUAAAGGUAGUAUUCUCAAUCGAUCAGUCCAAUACAUUCAACAACUUAAAGAAAACGAAAAUACUAAUAUUGAAAAGUGGGAGUUGGAAAAAUUAUUGACAGAUCAAGCUAUUCAAGAAUUACAAGCACAGUUUACGAUAUAA